AUGCUUAACAAGCCUGCCUUGAGUGAAAGCUCAAGGACCAUGUACAUGGCUCUUGCUUCCAAUUCUUCUCUCCUAAUAAACCACAAUAAUAAUAAUAUUGCAGAAUCUCAAACCUUUGGCGUAAAUAGAAUCCCUUCCACCAAUCUGUUGCUGCUUCAGAUGUGCCGUUACUCUGCAGAAAUCAAACAAAUACACGCACAGUUAGUCGUCUCAGGAUCAAUUCAACGCAGACAGAACCAAGCAAAGCUGCUACAAUCCUACGUUGGGUCAUUUGAACUUGAUCAUGCUUCAUCUGUCUUUGAAUCGAUUCAGUCACCCGAUGCAUUCGCGUAUAAUGUCAUGAUCAGAGGCCUGAUUCUGGGCAAGCGGGCGAAUGAGUCGCUGGUGAUGUAUGCUAGAAUGUGUGGAGAAGGCAUCAGACAGGAUAACCACACUUACACUUUUGUGCUCAAAGCAUGUUCUCGUGUGAAUGCGAUUUGUGAAGGUAAACAAGUGCAUGCCCGGAUAAUCAAGGCGGGGGUGAAGCCGAAUACUCACGUUUCUAGCUCGUUGAUUCAUAUGUACUCCAAUGCUGGCUGCCUGGAUUCUGCAGAACAAGUGUUUGAUGAAUUCUGUGAAGAAGAUAGAGUGCUUGUGAUGAACUCUAUGGUUACAGGUUAUAUGAAUCAGGGUCAUGUUGAAGCUGCUAGAGAAAUGUUCUGUAUGAUGAAAAUGAAAGACGAGGCGACAUGGAGCACGAUGAUAGCAGGCUACACUAAGAACAGUAUGCACGAAGAAGGCGUAAGGACAUUUCAAGAAAUGGUGGCUUCAGGGGUCUCACCAGUGACUGAAUCUGCAAUUGUGAGUGGUCUAUCAGCUUGUGGCAGUUUGGGAGCAUUGGAUCAAGGAAGGUGGAUACACAGAUACAUCCUGAAAAUGCGAAUUCCGGUCAGUCUUAACCUGGGAACCGCUCUGGUUGACAUGUAUGCAAGGUGUGGCAGCAUAGAGUUUAGCUAUGAAGUCUUUGAGAAUAUGCCAAGAAAAGAUGUUGUUACCUGGGGAGUCAUUAUUGCAGGCUUCGCAAUCCAUGGCCACGCUAACAGAUGCUUCGAGCUUCUUGAUGAGAUGAUCUGUGCAGGAAUUAACCCAAACAGCAUCAUUUUCGCAUCCCUGCUCUCUGCCUGUUCAUACGCGGGACUGGUUGAACAUGGCUUCAGUUAUUUCCACCUGAUGGUGAACCAAUACAAGAUCACACCAAGCAUCGAGCAUUAUGGGUGCCUGGUAGACCUCCUGGGCCGUGCUGGGAGGCUUGCAGAAGCAGAAGAGCUGAUUUCAGCUAUGCCAAUGGAACCCAACUCUGUCAUAUGGGGAUCACUUCUCAACGCCUGCAGAAUUCACAAAGACCAACAAAGGGGAGAACGGGCAUUCCGGGAGCUAAUCAGAUUAGAUCCAUCUGGGGAUAGGUAUAAACUAGCAGCUUACCUGUGGCAUAACAACAGAGAGCUAGAUGAACACAAUAUAUGGAAUGGAAAGGAUAAUAAACCUGGUUUAAGUGUCAUUGAGGUCAGUGGUGUAACUCAUGAGUUCAUGGUAAGGGACAUCAGUCAUAAACACUCUCAAGACAUAUAUCAGAUGAUGGAAGGAUCAAGGGAUUAA